GCAAGCUGAGGGAGGGUCAAUAUAUGUGUUCAAAUGUAGUGCACAAGUUUGUUGCACCUAAUUGUGUUCUUGUACACCACACCAUGAAUUCAAAGCCUCCUACCUCAGAGCUCCAAACUGCAGGAAGCAAAAUUGCAAGCCUUCCGAACACCCCAAGGAUUGUCCUGCUCCUUACCUUCUCCUUGGUACUCCUCACCAUCAUUCCUCUGUACCUCUUCCCGUUGCUCGCCACUUCGCUCGCAUCCACUUCGUCGGAUUUAUCCUCUCCCCCAACGGCUUCGUCUUCGUCCUCCCGUUCGAGUGCUAUUAGACUGGUGGGGAAGAGAUAUCCGUCGUCGAGAUGCGAUAUCUUUCGAGGGGAAUGGGUGCCCAACCCCAGCGCUCCCUACUACACCAACGAGAGCUGCUGGGCAAUCCAUGACCACCAGAACUGCAUGAAGUUUGGAAGACCGGACAACGAGUUUAUGAAGUGGAAGUGGAAGCCCAACGACUGCGACCUCCCCGUCUUCAACCCCGGCCAGUUCCUGGAGCUCGUCCGCGGCAAGUCCCUGGCCUUCGUCGGCGACUCUGUCGGCAGAAACCAAAUGCAAUCCCUCAUCUGCUUCCUUCUCAGGGUAACUUACUCUGUGGAUGCGUCGCCGACGAAGGACGAUAGGUUCAAGCGCUACCAUUUCCCCACGCACAACUUCACCAUCGCCAGCUUCUGGUCGCCGUUCUUGGUGCGGUCAGAAGAGGCGAACGCGAACGGGCCAACGCGGACAGGGCUCUUCAAUCUCUACCUAGACGAACCGGACACUAACUGGACGACGCAGUUGAGCGGGUUCGACUACGUGAUCAUCUCAGCCGGCCACUGGUUCCUCCGGCCGAGCAUGUUCUACGAGAGCCGCAACUUCGUCGGCUGCCACUACUGCCUCGACCCCAACGUCACCGACCUCACCAUGCACUACAGCUACCGGCGAGCAUUCAGGCUGGCCUUCCGGGUCCUCAACGACCUCGCCGAAGCCGGAAAUUUCAGGGGCCUCGUAUUCCUGCGCACCUUCGCGCCGUCGCACUUCGAGAACGGGGAGUGGAACAAGGGCGGAAACUGCGUGCGCCAGCGGCCGUUCCGGAGCAACGAGACGAGGCUGGACGGCUAUAGCCUGGAGAUGUACAUGACGCAGCUGGAGGAGUACGCGGAGGCCACGAGGGCGGGGCGGGCGCAGUUCCGGCUGCUGGACACCACCGACGCGACGCUGCUGAGGCCGGACGGCCACCCAAGCCGGUACGGCCACCAGGCGGGGGAGAACGUGACGCUGUACAACGACUGCGUCCACUGGUGCCUGCCGGGGCCCAUCGACACGUGGAAUGAUUUCUUGCUUCAGAUGCUGAAGAAUGAGGGCGGACGGGGAGCCGCCGCAGGAAGGAGGUCGUGGGGCCUCAGGAAGUCCACAAUCAAAUAGAUUAAGUUAAGAUUCUUCCUUCUUUCUUUAUUUUAAUUCUGUAUAAUGUUAAUUUGAUUGGUAAAUAUAAGAGGCUCUGCUCUUUCAUUUAUCUA